UCAUAUCCUGAAUCCUUCCACUGAGCCUGAAGAAGAUCUGAUCGGGGCAGACCCUACAUGAAGAAUCUCAGAGUAAGGCUUCAUGGAUUGCCUACUCAUUGUCACGCCGCUCCGGUUCCGGCCAUUGCCUUGGAUGCGGCGGUUGCUUCAGGCAAGCGGAGAUGAUGUCAUUGCUGCAUGUCAAGUUACUCUGAUGCCGGUCCUGAUUGCAGCUGGGUGCCCUCCCUGGUGUGAAUCCACCCCUAUUAUAAUGGCCAAGAGGAAACUGCUGAUAGAUGUGGAUUGUGGAAUAGAUGAUGCCCAGGCUCUGAUGAUAGCUUUGGCAAGUCCUGAAGCAGAAGUUCUGGGAAUUACAUGCUGCUUUGGAAAUGCAACCAUUGACCAUGUCUGCAAGAAUGUGCUGAGAGUACUUCAAGUGUGUAAUAAAAUGGAGAUUCCAGUUUUUCGAGGAACGUCUUGCUCACUUCUUAGUGAAGGCCGGCAUGUGUAUUCCCACUUUGGAGGGGAUGGUUUGGGUGACGCAGGAGAUCCAACCAGCCCUGGACUGGAGUACUUACAGAAAGAGGAUGCUGUCCAUGCUCUUAUCCGGAUAAUCAAUGCUCACCCAGGCCAAAUCUCUUUGGUAGCAUUAGGUCCAUUGACCAACCUUGCCUUGGCUGUAAAGCUGAACCCCACUCUGCCUAAGAUGCUUAAUAAGCUAUAUAUCAUGGGAGGAAACCUUGAAGGAAGAGGCAAUAGGACAAUAUGUGCUGAGUUUAAUUUUGCCUUAGACCCAGAAGCAGCGUACAUUGUUUUGAAUGACUUUACAUGCCCAACCUACAUUGCCACCCUUGAAUUUGCACGUGAAAACAGCCUUACAAUGGAAUUUUUCAAAGACUGGGUAAACCAGGACAGUGUAAAAGCUAGAUUCAUGAAGACCAUUACAGCCAGAUGCUUGCCUCAAAACAAUCAGUUUGUGUCUUAUGACUCUUUUGCUAUGGCUGCAGCACUUGAUGAAAGUGUGAUCCUAGAAUACUUGGAGUGUGCAGUGACCGUGGAGCUCAAGGGGAACUUCACAAGGGGGAUGCUGAUUCUGGACCUCAAUGACAAACUGAAGAAGGAGCAAAAGGUGUUUCUGAUGAAAAAAUGUAAUCUUGAAAAGUUUAAAGAGCAAAUAUGGUCUGCUCUUCAGUAAAAGCAAAAGGACUUUGCCUAUCAAGAUCACAAAACUACCAAAGAAAAACAUUACUAUCAGUAAAAUUAAAUUGCUUUAUGAUGCAAUACAAACAUAUUUUGACAGAAUUAAAACCAAAAUGUAAUUUU